AUGGCUGGCAAGAUAGACGCGUACAUUGAUUGCGUGUCGCCUUAUUCGUACUAUGCGACGCUGUAUUUGAGGCGGAAUCGGGAUGCGCUCCGGUCGCAUGGAGUUGAGGUUGAAUUGCACCCUGUCUUCUUGGGCGGUAUCAAUGUUGGCUCUGGAAACAAGCCCCCAUGGACUCUGCCAGCCAAGGCUUCCUAUUCCAAGUUCGACUCCGAACGGGCUUGCAAGUACUUUGGCGUUCCACAGAUCAAGACGCCUGACUUUUUCCCAAUCUUGUCAAUUAUGCCACAACGCUGCAUGAUCUACAUCAAGCGCCACUACCCCCAAGAGCGCUAUGAAACCACCUUCCUCUCGCUAUGGGAAUGGAUGUACCACAAAAAUAUCGACAUCAGCAAGCCCGAGAAGCUAGCAGAGCUCCUGAAGUCUCACAACUAUUCCGACCAGGAAAUCAAAGAUAUCCUGGAAUCCGCCAAGAGCCCCGAGUACAAAGAAGCCCUGACCGCUAACACGCAAAAGGCGCUUGAUCAGGGCGCGUAUGGAGCGCCGUGGUUCUGGGUACGAAAUAAGGAGGGCAAGGAAGAGCCUUUCUUUGGAAGUGAUCGGUUCGCGUUUAUGUGGCAGUACUUGGGAAUUCCGUUCCAGGAUGUGACCAUAGUUGAAAAGGCCAAGUUGUAG